AGUUAUUCAUUCAAUUUACUCAGAUUACUGUAAUUGAAUAGUUUUUCUGAAUAUCGAUUGAGAUGGUGAUUAUUUACAAGUCUUUACAGUUCCAGUUUACAUUCCCAUUGUCUUCCUUUAUUUACAGGCACCUUUGUGUAGAUCAGCACUGAAAAGCAAAGCUCAGAUCAGAUACUUUCCCAUUGUUGUGAAGAAACGUGCACAUAGUAUGAGGCAGCUGGCUUUUUAAAACCUGGCCUUGCAUAUAAAACCAUUAUUAACAUGAAUAUAUUGUAGGACCUUGAUGCAUUGACAAAAACAAGAACCAAUUGUCAUUAGCUGUAAGAGUAAAUUGCGUGAACAAAGAUGCUUCUAAGCAGACAACAGCACGAUUGUUGGGAAUUCAGUUAUAAUAAUAAUAAUAAUAAUAUCUUGAAUUUAUAUAGCGCCUUUCAAGAAACCUAAGGACGCUUGAAAAACACAGUUGAAAAACACCUCAUAUUGAACCACUUUGCACAUGUAUGUAUAAAAAAAACUACACAUGUCCCAUUGUACCUCCCCUCUCCUGGGUAUAUUUACAUUUUCUCCACCCAAACAUGUGUAGCAUCACCAGGGUAGUUAGGUAUUUAAACCAGUGAAACACAAAUCAACUAAUAGGAUGAGAGUGAUGUUGAGGGUGGUGUGUUCUCCCAGCAUGGGGCCCACAUCGGUGCUUCUCCUCACCUUUGUGCUAACAGCUGCUGCUGUAAACAAUAACAACAGCAGCGGGUCUCAGUAUCACAGGUUGGUCAUUGGUUUCCAGGCUCCCUGGAAUAUGUCGUUUCCCUUCAGCGCCCAGCGGCUCGGCUCGGCCAUACAGAUAGCCGUGGAGAAGGUGAACACCAAUCCCUCCUUCCUGGGGAACUACAGUCUGGAUUUCGUGUACAUGGACACAGACUGUAAUCCAAAAGCCUCACUGAAAGGGUUCAUCCACCAGGUGUGGAAAGAAAACGUGUCCGCUUUAAUUGGUCCAGCAUGUCCUGAGGAAGCAGAGGUCACUGGUCUCAUUGCAUCCUCAUGGAAUAUCCCCAUGUUCAGCUUUGUGGGACAGUCCUCCAAAAUGGACAACAGUGAGAUCUACGACUCCUACAUCAAAAUCGUUCCUCCGCUAAAAAGAAGCUCAGAGGUCCUGAUCAAAACCCUGGAGUUCUUCGGCUGGAGUCAUGUUGCGAUGAUCGGAGGAGGUUUGGAUUCAAAUACCUGGGACAAAGUUGACGCGUUGUGGAAAACAGUUGAGAAUCCACUGAGAGAAAGAUUUAAUUUGGCUGCUGCUGUCAAGUUUGAUACCAGCAAUUCUGACCUUGUUUAUCGAAAUGUUAAGUACGUCUCAACAAUCGCCAGAGUCAUUGUGGUGCUAACAAACAGGGAAGACUCUAUGAAUCUGUUAAUGGAGGCUGAGCGACAGGGUCUGAUGAAUGGGGACUACGUUUUCUUCUUGGUGCAACAUUUUGAGGAUAACUUGUGGAAAUAUGCUCUGAACGACCGGAUUAACCAAGCUGCUAUAAGAGCUUUUGACAUGGCCUUCAUAAUUGGCCAGAAAUCCUACGAAGGUUAUGAAUAUUACGACUUCUUUGAGCGAGUUUAUGAGAAAUUGAAAGGACAUCCGUUUCGCAGCAACCUCACAUCAGACAAAGAGGUCAGCCCUUAUUCUGCUUAUCUGCAUGAUGCAGUGUUUCUUUAUGCGAUGGGACUGAAGGAAGUUCUCAAAGAUGGCAAAGACCCUCAUGAUGGCCGUCAGCUGCUACAGAGAUUAAAAAACAAAAACGACAUACGAUUUUAUGGUGCCUCUGGACUAGUCCACUUUGAUGAGGAGGGGGAGAGAAAUUUGGACUAUUCCAUUUAUGACCUGCAGCAUUCAGGAGAAUCCACUAAGUUUGUGCCCAUUCUCUAUUUCGACAGUCACACUAAAACAGUCAGGCCAACAUCCAUGUUUUCUUCUAUGGUGUGGCCAAAGGGAAGACCUCCUACUGAUAAUCCUGAAUGUGGUUUCAACAAUGAGCUCUGUGAAUGGCUGAUAAAUGACAUUGCUCUUCUUGCUCUGCUUGUGGCCUUCCCUAUCAUCGGCCUGCUGGCUGUUUUAUGCAUCGGCAUCUUAAUUCUGCAGAAGCUACGACUACAGACGAGGCUCGAUGACUCCUGCUGGUGGUUGAUAAACUACAGCGACAUCACUAUCAUCAAGGAGCCCUCAGGAGCUCAGGGUUUAUCUCUCGCCACCACAGCCAGUCAAAGUAUGAGCAGCAGCUCCCAGUCCACUUUCUCCAAUAACAGCUUAGGCCUGAGGGAUAAUACGGGGAAGGAACACAUCUACACCACCAUAGGUCUUUACCAGGGAAAUCAAGUGGCCAUCAAGUACAUUAAAAACCCCAUAACCAGUACCAUCCAGAAACCCUCAGUCAUUGAAGAAUUUAAUGUGAUGAAAGAGAUGAAACAUGAGAACUUGGUUCAGUUCUUUGGCGUGUGCAUUGAACCACCAAAUGUCUGUUUGGUCAUUCAGUACUGCAGGAAAGGCAGCCUGAAGGAUCUCAUGAAGUCUACAGAUGUUGAGCUGGAUGUGAUGUUUAAGCUGUCCUUUGCUUAUGACAUCGUCAAUGGGAUGGAGUUCAUACACAAGAGCAACCUGAAGUUUCAUGGAAACCUGAAGCCCAGUACUUGUCUGGUGGACAGUCGACUUCAGAUUAAACUCUCUGGAUUUGGACUUUGGGAGUUUAAAUAUGGAAACAGGACCAAGAUGAUGUCAUUUGAAAACCCAAAUUAUGAAGAGAUGUACUGGACAGCCCCCGAAAUUCUGAGAAAAGUCGGUCUCUCAAUCAACGGAUCGCCUAAAGGUGACGUAUACAGCUUUGCCAUCAUCAUGUGGGAGCUCAUGUACAACAAGACUUGUCCAUAUGAAGACAUCAACCUAGAGCCCAAAGAAAUCAUCAUGCAGUUGCGGACGCCUUUCCAAGGAGAACCCCUCCGACCACCUCUGUCAGAGCAGCUGUGUGAUGAGAAUAUCAACGCUAUGCUGAAAGCCUGCUGGAACGAAAACCCUGACCACCGACCCCCAUUUGGGUCAAUAAGGAGACAGCUGAAAGAAAUCAGCCCCGACAGUCAUGCAAAUAUACUGGAUAAUAUGGUGGAUAAGUUGGAGAAAUAUGCAAAUCACUUGGAGGAGGUGGUGGAGGAACGGACCAAUCAGCUCACAGCAGAGAAGGCCCGUGCAGACAAGCUUCUUUCCAGCAUGUUACCAAGGUACAUUGCAGAUCAGCUGAUGGCGGGUAAAUCGGUGGAGCCGCAAAGCUAUGACAUGGUAACCAUCUUUUUCUCGGACAUUGUGGGCUUCACCUCCAUGUGCUCCGUCAGCUCUGCAAUGGAGGUGGUUACGUUCCUCAAUGACCUUUACAGCCUUUUUGACGACAUCAUCAAGAUGUACGACGUCUACAAAGUUGAAACAAUUGGCGAUGCAUACAUGGUGGCAAGUGGUUUACCCAUCAGCAACGGCAAUAAACAUGCUUUGGAGAUAUCCACAAUGGCUCUGCAUUUCCUAAGUGCCAUUAAGGUCUUCAGAAUACGACACAUGCCUUCAGAGAGUCUUGCAAUUCGCAUUGGAAUACACUCAGGUCCAGUGGUUGCUGGAGUGGUUGGCACCACAAUGCCCCGCUACUGUCUCUUCGGCGACACGGUGAACACAGCCUCUCGAAUGGAAAGCAACAGCCUUCCCCUAAAGAUUCACAUCUCUCAGAGCACGGCUGACAUCCUGGUACAGGCAGGAUCAUUUGAGCUGGAAGAAAGAGGAGAAAUAGAAAUGAAGGGGAAAGGGAGUCAUAAGACCUACUGGCUGAGUAAAAAACAAGGGUUUAAUCCUCCUCUACCAGCUGCAGACAGCCCCAAACUACAAACAGAGAAACUGAGGAUGACUGGAGCUACAGAGAAAAAGGUCCAGAAUAUCCUGGCAAAAACUCAAGGGAUGGACAGCGGGAUGCCUACAGUGCACAUUUAA